UACGGUUGUUUUGUUAUUAGUUUGCUUUUUUUGUGGUGUUGACAUAAAAAACGUCUUUCAUCUGAACAGCCUUAAACCGUCAGCUACUAAGCAGAGCCGCCCCCCUGUUUGAUGCCGUGGACAUUGUAAGGAUGGAAUCUGUCACGAUUAAAGAGGAGCUCCUUGAACAUGAAGUGGCCCCCAUUAGACUGGAGUUCUCUGGACUGGCUUCCCUCCCCAUUAAACAGGAGCUCUGUGAGAUCAUACCAUGUAACAGCAUCAAGCCAGAGGUGUCUGCUGGGAUUAAAGCUGAGUGCAAUGAAUUGGAGAUCCCCCAGACAGAAGAACCAGAUCCCAUGAAAGAAGCGGUGCUGGAAGUGAUUAAUCUGGAUCUCCUGAAAGUGGAGUCUACUGGGAUUAAAGCUGAGUGCAAUGAAAUGGAGAUCCCCCAGACAGAAGAACCAGAUCCCAUGAAAGAAGCGGUGCUGGAAGUGAUUAAUCUGGAUCUCCUGAAAGUGGAGUCUACUGGGAUUAAAGCUGAGUGCAAUGAAUUGGAGAUCCCCCAGACAGAAGAACCAGAUCCCAUGAAAGAAGCGGUGCUGGAAGUGGUAUGUAAUAAACUGGAGCAGCCCCUGAAAGUGGAGUUUGAACUCCCAGAACCAGGGAGGGAAGAAUGUGAGGACUUGGAGGUUCUCCCCCAUGGGCAGGGUCCUGUACGCCUGCGGGAGUGUAGCGUGGUGCUGGAGAGAAUCUGCGUGAGAGAGCUAGGAGCUGCAAAGGAAGUCUCUCCCAACAGCUUGCAAGGAGAUGGAGAGGAAGAUGGAGGUGGAGAGGAAGAUGAGGGGAGCUCAUAUUCAGAGGGCAGUCCAGCAGGUUCCAGACCAGCAGCUAAAGUGAGGGCAGGCGGUGGAGAACAUUCUGACUGUGGGAACGAUGUUGCCCAGUUAGGAGAUUUUAAAAUACUCCAGCGAACUCCCAGAGGAAAGAAACUGUAUCGCUGCUCUGACUGUGGGAAAAGUUUCAGUUGGGCAAAUUCCCUUGUAAUACACCAGCGAACUCACACAGGAGAGAAACCACAUCGCUGCACUAACUGUGGGAAGAGUUUCACUCGGUUACAUUCCCUUAUAGUACACCAGCGAACUCACACAGGAGAGAAACCAUAUCACUGUUCUCACUGUGGGAAGAGUUUCAGUCAGCAAGCACACCUUGUUUCACAUGAGCGAAUUCACACAGGAGAGAAACCGUAUUGCUGCUCUGACUGUGGGAAGAGUUUUAGUAACUCAGGACACCUUGUUUCACACCAGCGAAUUCACACAGGAGAGAAACCGUAUCACUGCUCUGACUGUGGGAAGCGUUUUAGUUACUCAGGACACCUUGUUUCACACCAGCGUGUUCACACAGGAGAGAAACCGUAUCACUGCUCUGACUGUGGGAAGAGUUUCAGUCGGUCAGAACACCUUGUUUCACACCAGCGAAUUCACACAGGACAGAAACCGUAUUGCUGCUCUGACUGUGGGAAGAGGUUCAGCAAGUCCGCAAACCUUGUAAAACACAGGCGAAUUCACACAGGACAGAAACCAUUUUACUGCGCUGACUGUGGGAAGAGUUUCAGGGAGUCAGGAGCCCUUUUAACACACCAGCGAAUUCACACAGGAGAGAAACCUUAUCAUUGUUCUGACUGUGGCAAGAGUUUCAGGGUGUCGGGAGACCUUAUUUUACACCAGCGAAUUCACACCGGAGAGAAACCAUAUCGCUGCUCUGACUGUGGGAAGAGUUUCAGGGAGUCAGGAUCUCUUGUAAAACACCGGAGAAUUCACACAGGAGAGAGACCGUAUCGCUGCUCUGACUGUGGGAAGGGUUUCUGUCAGUCAGGAGAACUUGUUUUACACCAGAGAAUUCAUACAGGAGAGAAGCCGUAUCACUGUUCUGACUGCGGGAAGAGUUUCAGUCAGUCAGGAUCUCUCGUUUCACACCAGCGAAUUCACACAGGAGAGAAACCAUAUCACUGCUCUGACUGUGGGAAGAGUUUCAGGGACUCAGGAGCCCUUGGAAAACACCAGAGAAUUCACACAGGAGGGAAACCGUUUUGCUGCUCUGACUGCGGGAAGAGUUUCAGGCUGUCGGGACACCUUGUUUCACACCAGCGAAGUCACACAGGAGACAAAAAAAAAAAAAAACAUGACAUUUCAAUGACUUUCCUGCAUAAAAAAGCAAGCCGAGGAGACAGACAGACACGCUCCCAGAAAACCUUUAAUUAAAUUUAGUCGCUGUUUGAACCUGAACUCCCAUUUUAUUGUAAUAAAUAAUAGAUGGCUUAUAGAAUUAUUAUUUUUUUAAUGUUAUUUGUAUUUUGUUCCGAUUAACAGAUCAAUCAACUAAUGAAUUGAUUGGAGAUUAAUUUUUUCACAGUUUAAUCACAGACUUUUUUUCUUCUUAUUAUACUUUAUAAUGUCACAUAUCUGCCCGGACUGUUUACCCGCCAUCCAUGUGGGCGACAGCACCGAUACAAAAUGGUUACAGUGCAAGCCUGUCCAAUUAAAGAGAUCUUUUCACUCCUGGAAUUACUCUGUUACUUUUCAGAUAUUGGUGCCAAAUUUCUGUGGAAUAUCUGGUCAUGUGACCACAAAAUACAGCUAGUAUUGUAAAAAAAAAAAGCUACUUAUUAUGCUUUUAUUAGUAUUUAGAUCUCUGAACCUGACCGCUUUUGUUCCACAGUUAAAAAUACAUUCAUUUUGAAUUCGUUUUGAGUGUCCUGGAAAUAUGUGCACCUUCAUGUAGAUUCUCAAUAUGUGUGCCUUCAUGUAGAUUCUCAAUAUGUGCGCCUUCAUGUAGAUUCUCAAUAUGUGCGCCUUCAUGUAGA